AUGAAUAACUACAAUUCCAGUUCAGACACUUCAAUGCCUAUGAUAUUCCUCAAGAAUUUGUUUUCAAAGACAAUUAGAACUUCAAACUGUGUUCCAAAACAUGUAGGUUUCGUCAUGGAUGGUAAUAGAAGGUAUGCUAAAAAAAAAGAUAUAGAAAUAAAAGAGGGACACGAAGCUGGAUUCUUAAGUAUGAGUAAGAUUUUAGAAUUAUGUUACGAAUCAGGUGUAGAAAUUACAACUGUAUUCGCAUUCUCAAUAGAAAAUUUUAAAAGAAGUUCAAAAGAAGUAGAUCAUCUAAUGAAAUUAGCUAGCGAUAGAAUAAGGCAAAUUACAGAACAUGGCGACUUAGCAGAAAAAUAUGGUAUAAGAGUUAGAGUGAUAGGUGAUUUGUCUCUAUUACCAACUGAUGUCCUAAAAGAUAUAGAAUUAGCAACUGAAAUCACAAAAAAUAAUAAUAGAGCCACGUUAAACAUCUGUUUCCCAUAUACAGGCAGAGAAGAAAUAUUCCAUUCAGUUAAAACUGUUUUAUCACAAAAUUUAUCAGGUAAUGAAAUUAAUGAAAAAUUACUCGAUUCAAAUCUAUACACUAGUGGUUUACCUCCAUUGGACUUAUUAGUGAGAACUAGCGGUGUCACAAGACUGAGUGAUUUCAUGUUAUGGCAAGUGAUUAACCAUGAUGUUACAAUAGAAUUAUUGGAUUGUUUGUGGCCAGAAUUCGGCCCUAUUAGAAUGGGAUGGAUUCUAUUGAAAUUCGUAUUUAACAAGUCAUUUACUAACGUAGGUAGUAAAACCGGCGAGGAGUAUGACGGUGAAUUAAAUGAAACUAAUGGUGUAAAGGAUGACAAUAAUCAAGUAUUAAAUAAAAAAAAGAAUUAA